AAUAUUUCGAAUAAUCUACGGUAAACUCUACCGAGCAGCUGAUAAGCAUCUUAUCUUAUUUUGAAUAAUUGCAGAAAGUAUUCGUGAUAUAAUUCGAAUUUUGCGAAAUGAUCGUGAUUGUUGGGCCAGAAAGAUUUGUGCCGAACGUAAUAUUGUUCAGUGUGAUCUCAUUCCCAUAAUGAAGUCUGAUGGAUCAUCUGAUAAGCUUUUUGAUAUCGCUUUAAGGUUAACAGUGAAUCUAUGUCAACCAAUAUUUGUAUUAUUUGCCGGCAGUUUAUUUGAUAAUCCACAUUCUUGGGUUAUUUCUAAGGAGAUUGAAGCUAAUCUCAUAAAAUCAAAGCCAGCUUUUGUUGACGUUGCUUUCUUGAAAAUCCUGGAAAAAAAGAUGAAGGAGUUUUUUAAAAUGGAAUGGACUGCUCGAGAUGAAGAAUCGCGAUUGGUUGUUGAAAGGAUUCUUGUUCUUUUGCGAUAUGUUCUAAUGAUUGGUGAGAACGAAUUCGGCCUUCAAAAUACACAUAAUGACGCGAAGCUCCAUGACCAAUUAUUAUUAGCAAUAGCAGAAAGUAAACUCGAUGAUCUAUUUAUUGAUUUGGCCUCAAUUUCUGAAGAAAGGGAUUUCCAUCUUUUAUUAAUGGAAAUCGUUGCGUUGAUGAUUAAGCAUCAUGAACCACGAAACAUCAUUAACUCUCAAAGAAAUUCAAACUGUAGAGAAACAAAUAAAAAUCAAGACACAUUAAACACAAAAUCAAAUGUCGAAAAACAACCAGAAAAUCGUAAAUAUUUAAGCCCAAGCCAUAGCGGUUUUGCUGGUUCAUUUGUAAUUAAAGGCCUGAAAGCUUUGAACAAAGAAAAAGAUAUCGUUGUUCACAGAAUUUUGCCAAGUGUUAAUAGACUUGACCAUUUAAAUCAUCGAAAAAUUCAAAAAAGAAUACCGAAAAACCGACGACCAUUCGAAUUGAAUGAAGAGCAGUAUCAUUCCACUUUAAAAGUGCGAAUAUUUUUGAAAAAUUUUUGUGAAAAUUUUCUCAAGCGAUCGUAUAAUCGAUUAAUGAAUUCUUGUCUCGAUUCUGCUUUCGCUUUUCGCAGGAAUUUUGGUCAAAGAUAUACUGAUAUUCAUUAUUAUAUACUGAUGAGUUAUAUCAUGGAAUUCCGUCGUUUGUUAAAUUUGCCGUCUAGCCUUGUUAAAUCAACCAAUGGAAGAGAAGGGUUCCACCGCGUGCAAGUUAAAAUCGAUAAUUAUUUGGAACAAACUAUCACGGAUCGAAAAGAAGCCAGAGUUCAUGGUUUACGCGCGUCGUUCGCUAUAAAAGCAUAUAAAGAACUAUUAUGCACGUAA